AUGGCCGUCGGACGGCUCCGCAGGGCCUGCCUGCUGCUCACGGGCGCGGCAGUCGAGUUUGGAUGGGCGGCUGGAGAGACGGUCAUGAUUCCGCACCUCGUCGGAGGCCUGAACCUGUCGGCGACGAUUGCGGGGCUGGUCUAUGUUCUCAACCCGUGCAUCGGCCUCGUGGCGCAGCCAGCGGUCGGCCACGCCAGCGACCGCUGCACCUCUCGCUUCGGCCGGAGGCGGCCCUUCCUCCUCUUCCUCGGCCUGCUGGCCGUGGUCGGGCUGCAGGUGGUGGCGUGGUCGCAUGAGCUGGCUGGCCGCCUCGGCUGGGGCCGCCAGUCAGAGGUGGUGACAGUCUUCGCCGCCUUCACCGCCAUGGACUGUGCGCAUGACCUUCUCCUCGUUCCAGGCCGCGCCCUCGCCCACGACCUCCUCGGCGGCGGCGGCAGGACUGCGGAGAGCGUCGACGCAGACUUCACCGCCUUCCAGAUGGCGGGCCGCCUCUUGGCGCUGCUCGCCGGGAGUGCGCCGCUCGAGGCCCUCCUCUCGCCCCGCGGCGCCACUGCUCCCGCGGGGGCGAGCGCCGAGCCCGACGGCUCCUACCGCCACUUUGAGGAGGAGGCUGCCGGGACUGCAGUGUGCGAGGAGGCUGCGACGCUCUUGUCUGCUCGCCGCCUCCCUCGGCACAGCCGCGCGCAGCUCGCCCUCCUGCUGGCGUGCCAGUUCCUCGGCUGGACUCUCAUCCAGUGCCAGGCCUUCUGGUGGACCGAGUGGGUCGGCGUGUCGACCCCGCUGCACGUGCCGCUGCUUCUGCCGGCUGGCGGGCUGCGACUCGCCUUCUGCAGCCUCGCUCUCCAGGCCCUCGUCGCGAUCUGCACCUCGCUCGCCCUCCCGCUGCUCGGCCGCCGCUUCGGCACCGCGACGGCGUGCAGGGGUGCGGGCAGCUGCGCGUGGCGAGCUGUGGGCCUCUCCACGGCUCCAGCUGCGAGCAGGCCUGGGCUCGUCUUCCUGCUCGCGGCGCUGUCGGGCCUCAGCCUCGCGCCGCACAGCGCCUCCAUCUUCUCGCUCUGUGAGGCGGUGAUCGGAAGCGCGAUCGCGUCGCACAAGGUCAAGCCGGCCACUAGCCCUGACUCCCACCCCUGA